AACUUCCUCUGGGAAACACAACUAUAAAACUGGAAGUGGCUGGGAUGUUCGGCAGAGUUGAAAAUACUUUGGAGCAAAAGUUUCACCAUGGAGUUUUGCAUAUUAACGCUAUUUGCACUUUUUUCUACGUUUUACAACGUUUUGGCGUUGUCACCUCAAGGCGUGUGCCUCCUUCAAGUGGACGAGGGACCUUGCAGAGGAGAGAUCGAGCGCUAUUACUACAACACUAUCACCCAGAAGUGCGAGAUUUUCUACUUUGGAGGGUGCCAAGGAAAUGCCAAUAACUUCAAGAGUUAUCAAGAGUGCCAGAAAACAUGUUUCAGAAUCCCAAAGAUUCCCCAAAUCUGUAGGUUUCCUAAAGAGGAGGGACCCUGCCGUGGCCUCUUCCACCGCUACUUCUUCAACAUGACCACCAUGAAGUGUGAGUCUUUUUCUUAUGGUGGGUGCCAGGGCAAUAUGAAUCGCUUCCAAGACCUCACAUCUUGCAUGGAGUACUGCAGUCCACAAAAAACUGUUCCUGUGCUGUGCCUGGAUCCUCUGGACAAAGGGAGGUGUUCAGCCUCCAUUCCUCGGUAUUACUACAACACAGCCACCAAGAUGUGUGAGGAGUUCAUCUACUCGGGCUGCGGAGGGAGCAGCAACAACUUCGUCUCGAGGCAGAGCUGCAUGGACGUGUGUGCCAAAGGAGGGAAAAAAUACAAACGCCAAGGAAAAGGUCGUCGCAUGAGACGGUAUAGAAAUAAUAACAUCACUUUCUUGCAGGCUUAGAUGCCUGACACAUGUUCUCAGGGACUCCAUAAUGGAUACUAACAUUUAAUAAAACCUAAAAUGUCGACCAGGUCUUUUUUUGAUGCCACUGGAAAAGUUUUAAAGGCACAUACACACAUUUUCACUGGAUUUGUAUGCAAUGCUUUAUGAGCAAUUUCUCAUGUGAUUUCACUGUAUGCUGUUGAUGAAGUCUAUUACUACUGCACUAAUGAUCCUGUGUAUUUUGAUACUGUAUGUAUGUAACAUAUAUAUAUUGUAUAAGUAAUACAUUAUUACCGUGAAGGUUUUUUAAACUGUUUAACUGUUUUUAUAAGCACAUUUUUUAAAUAAAAUAUGGAGAAUUUUA